CCUCGACAGACACCUCCUCCCCUCGACCCGUUGCUUUGAUUUUUACUGCUAUAGUUCUUUCAAACUUAUCGGGUCGCAGGAUAAUAAUCACCCAUAGAAGUAAUCAAGAAGUGCAGCGAUUUAUCUUGGAAUAUAUCCGGGAGCUCAAGACUACCAGCGACACCCCUGCCUUCUUCUAUCACUUACACGAAACUGAGAUCCACGUUCCGGAUCCAGUAGACCAUAACAACCACAUCCACCUCUACAACCCAGAACCAAAAACCAGCCAAAAUGCCGCUAGGAGGUCUCGGUGGACUCGGUGGCCUCACCAAAACAGCCAAUGUCGGCCAGCUCACGGGAGGGCUCACCAACGGCGGCGGCGUCGGGCAGCUGACGCAGGGCCUGACGGGCGGCGGCGGGCUCGGCGACCUGACGGGCGGGCUCACGGGCGGCGGCGGCGGCGGCAAGGUAGGCGGGGGCUUCAACGGCGAGGCGUCGGACGUGAAGCAGUACAGCGGGGCCAAGAAGCCCAAGGAGCGCAACACGAUCGCCAAGCGCAACCUGGCCGACGCCAUCGACUGCGAGACGCUGCUGUGGCGCGCCUACUGCGACGAGCCCGACUCGGUCCUCGAGUACAUGGCCAAGGACUGCGUCGUCAUCGACCCCGUCACCCUGGGGACCUCCCACCCCGUCACCUACGACGAGCUCGAGGAGAGGCUGCGCAAGGUCAAGCCCUGGUCCGCGUACAAGAUCGACAAGGACACGAGGGUCGUCAGCCAGAUCGGCCUGAUGAGUAUGUCCACCAUGUGCAAGGUCACGCUGUACAGAAUCGGCGAGAAGAAGAAGGACAAUGACCAGGUCGAGGCGGUCACGUCGGCGGUCUGGAGGCAGACUGCUGGUGCUGAGUGGGAGUGCUGCAGUAUGUUGGUUGGAUAUGCCGAGUAGGCGGGGGCUUUAUGGGUGAGCGAGCGAGAUCGAAGGUGUCUUUGGCUGAUGCAUGAGCUUUAUACUUUAUUCAAGGGUAAUUGGCGUUUUUGUGGAUGGCAGGUUCUUGUAUUUAUACGAUGUCCAGCUCUGAGGAGUGUAACCCACGUAUGACGAUUCAUGAUUCUACAUAACCAAAUCUGACAUUAAUGCGAGGGUCUGUUGUUCAUCGUUCCGAGCACGCGUUCGCCCUAGUUAAAGAUGAUGUUUUUCUAAUAUUAGGAUGAUUACACAUACCUACCAGGGGGAGGGGGG